AUGAGCCCAAAGCCACAAACCAUCACGGUAGAACUCAUGAAACGGAGUUUGGGGAAUUACCGCGCAGAAGGCCGUCGAAUUCAGCCCAAAGCUCAAAUACGGUCACGCAUCCGCACACCCUUCAUGCCACAACUUCUGGCAAUCCCAACAAACCAAUUGCCAUAUCCGGUACGAUUCUUGAACGAGUAUUGCCUCGCCUCGUAUAUUUUAUUUGAGGCUAGCGAUCGCAGCGGUGGUUUUGGGAUAUGGUUUUCAUAUGUCAACGAUCUACUCGACCUCGAGCGAAAUAAUGCCGCGGGCAUCCAACGCCAACCGCAAUCGCAAUCGCAAACCCAAUCCCAAUGCAACGGGGAAUAUCUUCUUCACUUUCUCGAACAUGAAAGCGGCCAUUUUUCCAAACAUAAGCGAUAUAUGGAUGCGGAUGGUGAUGUGAAGAUGCCUGACAUAGCCGAUAGGCACGACAAUAGCAACAACAACGAUUCUCUUGAACGGGUCCUGGAUGAAAUUUUGCGAGAGAUAUGAUG